AUGGAUUCCCAUAACUACAGACAUCGCUUGGCCAAUGAUGGCCCCGCAUCUUCUCCUACUGUUGGUGCUGCUGCUCGUUCUCGGAAACAGUUUUCGGCUGAACCCUCGACCCCGGAUCAUUCACAUCCCUCCCAGUCCAAUGCGCAGAGAAGAAAUAUGAAGAAUUCUACUACAAGAAUCAACACGGAUACUUCCAGAGUCUCAGCCAGCCCAACCUCUGCACGGGCCGACACCCCACAACGAAACAAUGAUUCUACCGGAUCAACCCCACUUGUUAACCCCUCUUCCUCGCUUCUUCAAGGCCUGAUUAAUGACCAGCGUGCCAGUCGUGGUGGCCGGAGAGCUGCAUCAGAGCAUGUUUCCGAAAGCCAAGUGCAGACGCCCGCUACAGUUCCAUCUCAAGCGGAUUCAUCAUCUGAGAAACAGCGGAAAGUCAGCAAUGUCUUAUCCGCUGGCCUGAAACAACCCAGAGAGAUGGGAUUGAGAGAAACGGAUCAGUACGUCUCCAAGCUGAACAAGUUAAAUUUCGAUCUCAAAUUGGAAAUCUACCAUCGAACCCAGCAACUUGUAUCCUUGGAGAAGAAGCUAGAGCGUAUGGAAGCACUGGAAGAGGAAGUACGGAGAUUACAGGGCGUGGAAGAUCAAUUUCACGAAUUGCACGAGGUGGAAGAGACGAACCAGAGAUUGCGCCACUCAAAUGAGCAUUUGCGCAUGGAACUGGACAAACGAGACCAGGCCGUUAAUGAAGCUGUGGAGCUGAUCUGCCAGUUGGAAGCAAAGAUAGAGACCCUGGAGCCGGCCGACGAUGCCAACAACCAGCUGUUAACCGCCCGCCCUCAUACCAGUGAAGGCCUGGCAGUAUCUCCCGCAAUAACCCCGAAAAGUACAUUGAUCUUUGACAUUCCUGAUCGCACUUCAUCAUGGAAAGGCACUAGCUCCGCUCGUUCUCUAAGAUCCCGGGUGGAAACAACAAGUUCAUCAGCGCACAGACCCCGACGACACCCGUCCUUCCUUCGCGAGAGUAGUGGGAGCACGAGCGCUCUCCGCAGUCUUUAUAUUACGGAAGGGGAUGUGUCGCGCAAUGGAUUCAGUUCUGCGUCGAGGGCUGGAAGUAUCCUCUCUGGAGAUGAGCUGCCGGAACCUGAAUCACCUAGACUAAGCAUCCUCAGUGAAUGCAGCUACCUGAACCCCUCAGCCACUCAGUCAAAGCUGUUUGUUGCUGACAUGGCAAGCAUUGGACCGCCUGCAAGGAGUUUUACGCAGCCUAUUUCUAAACUGGAGCUGUCUCCAAAGGAGACAGGGGAGGAACAAAAUAAGAAUAGUAAAUUGUCGCGAAUCGACCAGUGGAUUCAGCCUCAGGAAAACCUGCUCAUCUCUGCAUUGGGGCCCAAGAGACCCAGCUAUACAGCUGCCAAUAAUACUUCAAGUGCCGCUUCAUCAAAGAAGCAGCCAUUCCUCGGAACUGCUUUCCAAGCAAAGCGCCUAGUCAAGGCGUAUAAAUUCGACACCCCAGUCUUGGACGGCCCGAUAUUUAACGGCACCAGAUUGCCUCCUACGCCUGACACAAUGAGCACGUCGAACGCAGAUGCCAGGAACGGGUCUAACUCUAGCAUCAUUGCGGAAAAGAGUUUGCUUGACCAGGGUCCCUUGUUGGCUAACUUUUCAUCAAUUGGUCAUGCGGGCUUGCGAAGGCCACGAUCUGCGGAUGAUAUCACCACGAGGCCCAGUACGGCUACCACGGCAUUAUCGGGAAGGAUGGAGACGUUAAGCAAUGCGACACGGCUUGGCAAUAACCCGAGCCGCGAUCAACUUGCGAGUAUGUUCCCGGCCUAUGGGCAUGGUGCGGGGGAAUCGGAUCCUUCGAGGCUUUUUGUUCAUGGAAAUUUAGGAGGUGGGGGUUAUGAGUAUGCUAGUCGCAAGCACAAAGACGGGAAUGUCACUAAAGUUGGAGAUGAUGGUGGCGCCUCACCAGCAAAACGGAAUAGAUACCCUAUCUCAAUGAAAUCGACACAUUCCAAACCACGAUGUGCUGAUGGGCAUGAUGACGAUGAGGGUGAUGACGAUGAUAAUAAUUAUGGCGCGAGUUCACCACUGCUAACUCCGCAGGAUUGGCUGGAGGCGGCACGACCAGCUGCUCAUGGCGGGAAAUGUCGUAUACAUGCAAACAAAAGACACUCUCUCCAGAUGGACGGGAUGGACACCAGCCAGCACACGUUGAAGCUUUCAUCUGAUGAUCCUGACGAUGACAGUGACAAUGACGAAAACGAACCACAGCUGCCGACUCUGAAAAGCCUCCGCGUCCGCGUUGGUGAGAGGAAUAAAAACACCCCUAACCGGAACCUCCAACAAUCCCAACCGCAACCGCCACCACAACCACCACAAAACCUCAACCUACCCCCCCGUCGCCGCCUGAGUCUCCGUCCCCGCUUCUUCAGCCGCACGAUCGCCGCAUCCCAACGAGGAAACACACCCACCUCAUCCGAUGCCAUUGGCGAAAAAGCCGGCGCCCCAUUCCCCCAGAUCGGGAGAAGGAGACGCAUGAGCACCAGUCGUCAGACAAGCAUUAAUGUGGAUUUCCCCGUUCUGCCACUGUCACUAGGCAGAGCUGCGUCGAGCCUGGGGCAUAAUGGCAGCAGUAAAUAA